AAAAAAAAGCUGUAAUUUUUGAUAAUUGACUAGCUUCACAAUGGACUAGCCUAGAAACCGCUUUCAUGCUUUACAAUAUUCUCCGGGCGUUUUGACAGAAAGAGAAUUGUUGAUCAACAAUGGCAGUUAAUGUUUAUGCUACAAAUGUGACAACUGAUAAUCUCAGUCGUCAUGAUAUGCUUGCCUGGGUAAAUGAUUGUCUUCAAUCAUCAUUUACAAAAAUUGAAGAAUUAUGUACUGGUGCUGUUUAUUGUCAAUUUAUGGAUAUGCUUUUUCCAAACAGUGUACCAUUAAAACGUGUUAAAUUCAGAACAAAUUUAGAGCAUGAAUACAUACAAAAUUUUAAAAUUCUUCAAGGUGGAUUUAAAAAAAUGAAUGUCGACAAGGUGAUUCCAGUGGACAGACUGAUUAAGGGAAGAUUCCAGGAUAAUUUUGAAUUUUUACAAUGGUUUAAAAAAUUCUUUGAUGCAAAUUAUGAUGGUGUUGAGUAUGAUGCAUUUGAAGCACGUGGAAGAAUUCCACUUGGUUCUGGUGUUGAUGGUUGUCAUAAUUUAUCAAAUCCAUCAUUGGUACAAUUAGCACCACCAACAAAAGUAUCACAAAUACAACCGAGAUAUAAUCAACAACGAAAUAUUAUUCAAAGACAGACGGUUAACAAAAUUCAACCAGCACGUACUACAGUAACGAGACCUGGACCAACUGGUAAUCAUCGUGGUGGUGAUGUUAAAAUUGAUGAACUUACAGCUCAAGUUGCUGAUUACAAAAUUAUGGUUGAUGGUCUUGAAAAAGAACGUGAUUUUUAUUUUGGCAAAUUAAGAGACAUUGAAUUAAUAUGCCAAGAAUGUGAAGAUGAACCAUCACCAAUUAUAUCCAAAAUUUUGGAAAUACUUUAUGCUACUGAGGAAAAUGGAAAUCGCCAGACAGACGAGGAACCAACUGAAUAUUAAUCAACCAUUCUUGAUAAUAUUUUGUUUAAUCAAGAUAUAAUUUUAAGGAUGGAUUUGCACCACCAGAAGAAUUGGAGGGAGAUGGACUUGCCCCAGAUGAUGAAGAGUACUAGCCCUGAUGUUCUAACUACCUUUUAAAAUCUUCAAGACACCUAAAUACAUUAUUAUUAUUAUUUUAUUUUUCAUUUUCAAAAUACUUUUGGUUUUCUAUUUUUCAAUUG